CACGACAUUUGGCAAAGCUGAGGAGUGACAUUUGGCAAAGUUGAGGAGUGACAUGUGACAAAUUGAGGUGGCAAGAGAAUUAAAUGAAAAAAAAUCACACGACCCAUAAAAGAUGCAAGAGAAAGAGAAAAGGAAAAUUUCAACAAAAAAAGAUAGAAAAGGGAUCGUUCUUCCCAUUCCCGCCAGUACUCUCCCCUCCGCACAGAGACAAUGGACGACAGAGGGGGGAAUCCAUUGCUGAGACAGGCGGGAAUGAAGAGGUCCUUCAGAUUCGGAAUCCAUGCUUCGCUCACUGCUUGCUCCCAGGAGGACUUUCGCAAAGCUUUCGCGAAGUUCACCCCUACGGAGCAAGAACACCUCCAUCGGUUCUUCACGGAGGUUGUUUCUUCUAUGCAAAAAAGUAUAGAGGACGAGUUUGAGGAUAUCUGCAGGGAUGUAGAGGUAGGAAAAGUUCUUGAUACCGUGGAACUUCUUGUGGAAGAGCAUCACUUGGACCCACUCUCUUCACAGAAGAGUGACAUUAAUGAAGCGUGGAAACAUCUAUUGGAAAUAAAAAAGGCUGAGGUGAACCACUUGAUGGGCAUGGUGGAAAAGGCCGAAGAACAGAAGCGGCUUCUCAGUUCUCGUAUUGAAUCCUUAAAGAACGAAAGGACAGAUGUUUCAGGUGCCACAGAUUUUUUGGAUAAGUUAAGGACAUUGAACAACAAUGUACCACAGGCAAUUAAUCCUUGAGGUAAUGUAUGUAUGACCAAUACUUUUCAUCUUGAAGCUUUUGCGGAUGAAACCUAAAGCUAUUUUUUGUUUCAACUUUUCUUCUUGAAGCUUUUGCAUAUUAACCCCAUUUCAAACUGUUCUUUUCAUAGAAUUCAUCUUUGAGUUGGGUCGCCGAUCCGAAAUAGAACUAAUCUGAAACC